GUUUGAGACGGCGCCUUUUUAGGAUUUAUCCUACCUUUCCGUCAGGUCAUCAACCUCCGCUCAGAACCCCGAGAAGAUAUGUUGCCCAAUCGGGCCCUUCGAGAUUGGGCUCUUUGGCUUCAAGUCUUCUGCCAGAGGCUUCGGAUAUGUGGAUGACCCAAACUCCACCGACUGCACUUGCCAGUGCUUUUCGACCAAUUCUGACUGCCGUCAUUGAGGGUCAACAGGGUUCCAGCGCACCUGCUAGUGAAAGUCUUCUUCCUUUACUUCUCUCGUCCCUUCCGUCAACUGAGUUUCCCGUUCUGUCAUCUCCACAAUACCGGCCAACCUUACGACUCUUCCUUGGACAAGGUCUAGCUAGGUGCAGCCACUCAAACCGGUAUUAACUUCUUCUCUCCGACUACGUCUCAGCAGCCUUCAGCUCAUUCACAACGUCCAUCCCCCUUCAUAACUCUUUCUCCAAACUUUCCAUUACCU